GCGCAUCGUUGAAGAAGAAGAAGAAGAAGACGACGAUUGACUAAGAAUGGUGCUACUAUUUUUCGUCUUGGAUCUGCGGAAUAUCUCGCCGUCUCUGAUCGGAGAUCUAAAGCAGUCGUUUCUGAAACUCGGCAAUUUACACGCAAUUUCGUCUCCGGUAGAUUCUCUCACUGAUCGGAUCGGUUUGUGUUAUAUCUUGAAAGAUCGGAUUUCUGGAAACGAUCAGUUGAAAUUUGCCUACACUCCUACUGGAAACUUCUGUCUUCGAGACUUCCAUCACGCUAUCAACAGCUUGCCUUUGGAUGCGUUUGUACCUGAGAUCGAUGAAUCGGGAGCCAUAUCUUGCAGAGAUCUUAAGCUAUCAAGUGUUCUGUGUGAUCGAGCUUUGUACUCAUGGGGAGGUAGAGACAUUAUGAGGAAAGUUAUUGUGCUGAGUUCUUGCUUCCCUGAAGAUAUGGAUUCUGAAGCUAGAAACACUCUUAUGGCUGCAGCAGAUAAAUGUGUCUCAGUUGAGUUUCUUCUGUUUGAGGAGCAAGCAAGCUAUGCGAGCUAUACGCAGGAGAAGAUUAAUAGAUUCCUCAGAUGCUUAUCAGAUCUUGACAAUUGUUCAUUUCAAACCUGCAUCCCUGAUGGAAAAUCACUUCAUGGGCUUGAAAUGAGAUGGCUUCAGGAGCUAAAGGAUGACACUGGAGAAUCACUGCAGGCUCAGAUUAUCUUUAAAAGUAACAUAGUUGGUUCAGUGAACAAAAUCUUCGGCAAUCUCACCGCAGCCACAAAUCAAAUUGUUGACAGAUUUAGCCCUUGUCGAACAUGCAGGUGCCAUGGAUUCCCAUUACUAGAUUCUGUGAAAAACACCAUGGAGAAUCUGCAAUGCUCCAUAACCAACCAUGAACUUGGAAAGUAUGAUGUGAUUGAAAAUUCCGUGAAAAUUGGCGACAGAACUGUCCUGUUUUUACCUUCAAUCCAUAGCCUCCAGAAACUUCAUCCAAUCUCUUCCCAAGUUGAUUUCCAUGUCAUAGAGAGGACUAAUCUAACUUCUCUCAGUGAAGGCCUACUACUGGGGACACCUUACAUUGUAAGCCCUUCAACUUGUCAUGACACAGAAGCUUCUUCAGAAGAAAUGGAUCAACCAGAUUUGAACACUCAGAACACCAUGACAGCCGUGGAAUUUCAUUGUUAUUACGUUCUUCAACCGUCUGAAAAGGGUCCAAUGCUUCUGAGGUUUCUUAGUUUUAACAGACAAAACUGUUUGCAGAGAUUGGCAGGGUCAGAGGAAGUCCUUCCUAUUUCCAAUGUCAGUCAGUUUGCCGAGUCCUCUAUUCCUAGAGAAAUCGAGAUUUCUGUCAAAGGCGCUUUGUUAGAGAUUGAAUCAACGGAUUACAAUCCUUUGAUCCACAACAGAGGCUUUCACCAGAAACUGAACCUCAUUGUGAAAGAAAGUCUUCAAUUUGGUUCAUUACAUUCCAACGGGAAAGACACAACAUAUGAAGUGAGCUCAGUACUUUCAGAUUCUGUAAUCCCAGCGGCACAGACAUUUCCACACAUAGUAAAUCCAGAAACGCUUCAGGAAGUUCAUAUAAUCGAUGAAGAAGACAAAGCAACAGCUUCCAUAACUAAAGAAUGGGAACAACUAGUAGUCACUGAGGAGGUUCUCAUGAAGUCUCCUUCUCCGGUUAUAACUACGAUCCGCCAAGUUCUGUCUCCUAUACAGAGUAACAACAAACAGGCUGAUAUAAAAACUUCGAUGAUUUUGGAAAGACUUGAAGCUCCGAGGAAGAUAAGAGGAAAAGUUGGAUCACCAAGUGUAGUCAUACAUAGUCCCAUCUCACCAGAUGCCAGUAUCCUGACUCAAAAGAAGCCUCUGAUUCCUUUUCAGACAACUCAGGUUUCAUCAAGCCAGCUCAUGAAACCCAGCUUUCAGAGACUGAAAAGAAAGCCAAAGUGAGCUCUGAUCAGGGUAAGAUUCUGAUCUUCUUCUGCUUUUAUUUUACUUACAUAGUGAGAAUGUUAUAAAAGAGUGUUAAGACA